CGGUUGUGGUCCAUGUUAAUCCCGUGAUUUUUCGACUUUUUUUUCGUUGAAAUCUUUUGCUGAUUCAUUUUUUUUGUAUCUUAGUUGGUUCAUUAAAAUUGUGAUUUUUUGCUGGUUGAUUUCUUUUUGUAUCUUAUUUGGUUUUUAAAAUUCGUGAUCCUCUGCUGGUUCAUUUUUAAAUGUUUUAGUUGCACAAGCAAAGAAGUGGUACUUCGUUGGUCCAUCUUUUAAUAUCUUGAUUUUGGUUUUGAUUAUAUUUAUCGAGCAGAUUAGCUUUACGCGAGAAAAAUUCUGUGACAUUUUUUGGUGAUGAGAAUAGAGUGACUUAUUUUUUCAUGUAUGAAGUCCAAUUUGGUUUAGUAGUGGAGAAUGAUUGUUAAUUCGUUAAAAUUGUCUAGUUCCAAUUAGAAUUGUAGUUGGAAAAUUACUUAGAUCUCUGGUUAUCGGUAUUAUGGUGUGUUGUAUAGUAAUAUAACGCAUCGUACUCUAAACUCCGUUCAUAUACGUUAAUUGAACUUAUAUCUUCUGUUUAAGUUGCGUCAGCUUUAAUUAGUUGCACCAUGAACGAAAUAGAUAAAACGCUAUCUUAAAUUUACAUACAGAACUGUACUGAUCGAGUCUUAUCGCUUCCUUUCAAGCUUUAACAUUGCAUUGCCUUGUUGAAUUAGCAUAAUCGGAGCCAAAAAGGUCUACAUAUAUAAUUAAUUGUAUUUGAUAAAAACAUAAAAUGGUUAAUAAUCUCAUCGAAUGUUAUCACUUCUUUCCAAGUUUCUCCAAGCUUAAAAUGAUAUAUUAACUUAAUUGUUCCUAUAAAAAAAAUAAGGUUCCAAGAAACUAUAUUGCAAUUACAUCAAAAAAUUACGAUAUCAAGUAUUAAAUUAACUUAACAACUUGAGAAAAAAUUUCCAUCAAUCACAAAAUUCUCAGAUACUGGCAAAUCUUUAAAUUUACAGUUUUUGGACAUAUUUCUAUUUAAAAUUCGCUUCUAAAUUUGCCAAGGUCUGUAUAAAAUGUAUAAAAGUUGCCAUCUUCUGUCUAUGUCCUAGACUAAACCCAAUCAGUUCAAACACAGGCAAGUUUUCAAAUUUUUUUAUCGAUAACCAGCAGAGGACAGAUUGAAAAUUUGCCCAAUUAUCAACGUCCAUGCAUAAAUUAGAAAUCACAUGUAAAAAUCAGAAAUUAAAAAUUUGUUCUGUGAUCGCGGACAAAACCGAUCGGUCCUUGAUUUCGCAUGGACCAUUGGGAAUGGCGACGUUUCCAGUUGUGGGCUGGGAAUAUCCUGGACGUAGCCUGGGAAUAUCCUGUCAGAACUCUCGCAUUCCGGAUCACCGAGUCGGAGUUAUGAAAUACCGAAGUGGAAACGCUCGAGCUGCCACGAGAGCACCAAGAUCAUCCAGUGCAGGCACCAACAAUCUACCGCCACUGACGUUCCAUCAGGUUCAUGGUGAGAAUAUCAGACUCUGCAAUGGCGGGACCAUCGCCAGAAGAUACGAAAGCUUCUGCAGGGGCAUCACAUUCAGCGCACGACCCGUCCGGGUUGGCGAAAAGAUCUGUGUCAAAUUCCUCGAGAUCUCGGAUAAUUGGAGCGGCGUGAUUCGCUUUGGUUUCACUAGCAACGACCCGAUCAACCUGCGAAAUGGCCUUCCAAGGUACGCCUGUCCGGACUUGACGAACAAACCCGGUUACUGGGCGAAGGCCAUGGCCGAGAGGUUCGCCGAAAGGGACACGGUGCUCUUCUAUUACGUCACGUCCGCUGGGGACGUGCACUUCGGUGUAAAUGGCGAGGAAAAGGGCGUUUUCUUCAGCGGUAUCGAGACACGAGGUCCAUUGUGGGCUAUCAUCGAUGUCUAUGGCAACAGCACCGCCAUCGAGUUUGUCGAUCCUAACAGACAACAUUUCAACAACAUCAGGAGAGGCACCGAGCAUAGCAACGAGGAUAACGCGCAGCACAGCAGGCACUCGGCCAUGGACGACGCGAGCAACGCGAGCAGAGACGUCGAGAGGAUCAUCGUUCCAUCCAUGCAGGGCAUUUCGAUCCAUCAUGAGCCCGACGUCGAGUUACCCGGACUCAGGUUUCAGCCUGCCGGUGUCAUCUUCACGCCGUUACCCUUCCACUUGACCCGAGGUAGAAACAUCCGCUUCAGUAACCAGCAGUGCGUAGCGACGCGAACCGACACGGAAUUCUGUCACGGCUAUGCGUUUACGAGCCAGCCACUGCUACUGGGGGAGCGAUUGGUCGUGCAGAUCCUCGCUACAGAGCCUAUGUACGUGGGUGCUUUGGCUCUAGGUCUGACUUCUUGCGACCCAGCUCGGCUGACCGCCGAGGAUCUACCCGACGACAGUGAUCUACUACUGGAUCGUCCAGAAUAUUGGGUAGUCUCUAAGGAUGUGGCAUCCAGCCCUCAACCUGGUGAUGAGAUAGCCUUCACGGUAACUCACUUUGGCGAAGUUCAAAUGAGUAAGAAUGGUGGACCACCGAACGUAGUGAUGCACGUGGACCAAAGUCUUCAAUUAUGGGCGUUCUUCGAUGUGUACGGUAGCACGCAACGAGUCAGGAUGCUGGCUGAGAGGCCCACGUCGCCACCGCGACAGCGUCAAAGCAAUCCAUCGCCAGCUACCAUCUUACAACAGCAGCAACAGCAACAACAACAGCAGCACUGCAACCACAGUAACGCAGCUACAGAACUGUCCAGAUUUUCUGAGAUGGUUCAGUUCAAACCAGCCAUUGGCGGAGGCACCGUACUGGUGGUGAAUCUUCCUCCUCAGACUGGUUAUGUUACACCGUCCUCAUCAACGCCACAGCCUACUUACGCCUCCGCUGGGCAUAGGAGUCAACACGCGCACCCUCCAGCAGUCACUGCUUCGUCGUCCACGGCGUCUACGGCGUCCACGUCGCAUCCUGGAUCUUCCAGACAGUCCUCACCGCCUUUGACAGGCACCAUGGCCAGUACAGGCUCCUCUACGUACGUGGAGCCAGUAAAUUACCAGAGUCUUGACGGUACUCUUACCUCUCAGGCGUCUUCCCACCUGCAGCAGUGGAGCGAAGGCCUCCAACCUACGCCUGGACAGCCAAACGAGUGUUCGGUCUGCUAUGAAAGAAGCAUCGACAGUGUGCUGUACAUGUGCGGUCACAUGUGUAUGUGCUAUCCUUGCGCUAUUCAACAGUGGUGCGGCAAGGGUGGCGGACAUUGCCCACUCUGUAGAGCGACCAUUAGGGAUGUGAUCCGUAUCUAUAGAUCCUGAACGACGGCACGGCCACUCCGCGGAAGGAACGGUUCCAGGGGCUGAUGCCCGACCAAGUCGCGUUGAUUCGUUUUCUCUCGGAGCAAACAACCGCCGUCAUUGUCGUACAGUUCAUCGCAUACGAUAUUUUGGAGUUCUCGUCUGUGGAGAAACUACAUUUAUGCUCAGGAUAAAUGAUAUCUUCGAUAACAAGUUCGUAGAAGCAUCCAACUGUUCUUCUGCUCAUUCUUUUGCAAAUUUGGUCCUAUUUGGUGAUGAGUAGUAUUGUUGUUACGAGAUUCUCAGGAUCUUAGAACUUUAAAAAAGCAGUGAAGAUGACGUGGAAAUGAUAACUCAGAUGAAAGGAUGAGAUCAAUCGCGUUUAUUACCACCAAAUUUAUAUAGGAUUGUGAGACGAGAACACGCGAAGUAUCUUCGUUGAACCCUAAAGACUGGGAGGUUUUGGUUCAUCGGCGGUUUUGCUGUCCUUGUAACGUCAAUGAGAUUCGCACAGUGUCGUUGAACUAUCGUAUUCGGUUGCAAACGAGUGACAUAAAGAUUCUGUGUACGCCUUCGAGCUUGGCAGAGAACAAAAGGAAUGAGUGAACGUAUGAAAGACGAAGGAACGAGUGAAUGAAGAAACUAAGAAAGAAAGAGAGUAACAUUGAUCUUAGAUAUUUUCACAAUCGACAUUAUAUAUAGUAUAUAUAUUAUCGCUACCGUUACUAUCAUUACCACUUACUGCUGCUACUAUUCUCAGCCUUUAGUUAUUAUUUUUAUUUGUACGACUAGUAAUAUUAUUAUCACGAUUCUACAACGACAAUAGUGGUCGUCACGUUAUUCUUAUAUGGAGAAAAGUCACCCUAACGAUGGGUAUCAUUAUUUUUUAUCGCUGUGAACAGAUCAGACCAUCGUCUCCAAAAAGAGCGCCAUCUGGAUCAGUCGAGACCGAUUCAAUUUUAUUUUAUUUAACAAUGAAGUAAAAUAAGCUCGUGUGAUUAUUAAGGCAGGCGCCGUAGGGCGCGUGUAAGUUAGAAUUUACGUCGCUUUCACAACCUUAUCUGGGUUUUUAUGUUAUUCGUUUUACUCCUUCGUUUUUUAAUUUGCUCUCGCAAAGUUGGAACGACCGCGUCAUAAUCGUGUCCUCGAGCUUGCAGGACGCACGAGUACGCGUCCUUUCCUCGUUUGUUACUUUCGACAAUAACGCCUGGAUGUGUAAUGUAUAACUUUGAAGUUGUUAGCGGUUCGAGCGACCAUAAAUAACUGUGGUGUGUGUAUAACUGACUACUACGUAUAAACGUCGUACGUAUUACCAAAGAAACAACGCGACACGUAUGAUUCCUCCCCCGCUCUGCGUACGUUUCAAUACGAACUCGCACGCAGUCCUCCACGCAGCCAGCCUUAGAAGGACGAUGGUUUUUGAUACGUUUUAGAACUUAGCAUUACCGUUUUCUACCGAAUUCGCGCGCUCCCAAAUGCUACACGAAGAAACAAUGUAUACUCGUCUCUGGCAGUUGCAAUGUGCAGAUCUUAGCGACACGUUUUUUAUCCAGAAUCUACGUUUAAUUGGUCUAAUUGCGAGGGUUGAGGUUUUCGAGUGUAAAUAACGUUCUUUUGGAUUAUAAUUUCGCUACUCUUUUAAUAUUGUAGAAUCUUUAUGAAAAAUAAUCCUUCGUGCUAUAUUUGAUAUUAGCUAUGUUAUCUGACAUCAUAGAAACCUUGCCUAGUAUUAUAGCGAGAAACAAUUUAUACAUUGAGUCAGUUGGAUUACACAAGAUUAAAGAAAAAUAACUAGAGUUCAUCUAAACGAUGAAGUUACAAUGUUAGUUUUCCAAAACCAUACAGUACAAGUUUCAAAACCUCUAAACGCCAAAAAUCAGGGCAACGAAGGCCAAGGAUCAUUUGUAUAAAAAUUAUUCGUCAUAAGGAGCGGUCCAGCGAGACGCUAAACAUAUCUCUAACCGCAGAUCUCCGCGUUAUAUUCCUAACUUUAUUGACGACAAAAGUACAAGCGAAGUUACUAUACACUAGAUUGCAUAGCGUUCUAAGGGGCAAUGUUUAGAGGCUUUUAUCAGUGUUGACGACUAAAAUGGAAUUAUUUGAGGUGCUCGAUAGCCAAGCAGACGAUCGAAUUCCAAGAACUUCGAAUCCUCAAAACAUUCGUAUACACUUAACUAAGCCAAACAAUUAAGUUUCGAUUAUCUGGACCUAACCUUUCUCGGCCAUCGAGUCUCUCAUUUGUUAUGGACUAAAAGCGAUUUAUAGAAUUUCGUAGCGUCUCGUUCGAUCAUUCUAAUCGUCGUCCAGCGAUUGGAACAUGCAUUUUGCGAUUGUAAUUUGCCUGGACGAGUAAUUACUGCCCCUACGAGUUCGCGUUUCUUCGACGCGAACGAAAUAUCAAGUCGACUGGCCGUGGAACGAUAACAACGAUUUUGUUGCACGGUCUGUCGAGUACACGAGGAUCAUCCUCUCCAUGUGAGCGCUUUAUUUUCGUACAGCAGCGAGACGAAGCCGAAGACGGCGACGUUUCCCUCUUCCACUCGGCCCACGGACACAAAAAAUCAAGUAAAAAAAAAAAGAACGAAAUCCUAACGACGACGAGAGACGAGCGUCCUCGAGGCCGUGCCUUAUAGACAUUUUACCGACAGUCGGCAUCUCGCGUCGUGUGACUCGCGUUGCUCGUCUGAGCUUCCUCCUAUCGAUCGACAGAGAUCGCCCUGGCCAGAAGUUCGUCUCCCGAUCCGUUCGAUUCGUUUCCGGUAAUAAUCCUUGCUCUACGCCUUCGCUCCGUUGAGCCCAGCUCACAAUUAUCAUGGCGUUUCAAACGUUUGUGAGGGUAAAGUGACGAGCAACACAAUUAUUACGCUAUUUAUCAUAUCGGUAUACCUGUCUUUGAUCUUCUGGUUCCUGAAAUUUGGUUCUUGAUAGUACUCGAGCUUAAACCGUGUUUGUGAUGCGUUUGAACGGAAAUUAGAUGUUAACUUUUUGCUGUUUUUAGGAGAAUUAAGAAUUGUAGGAAAUAAGAGAUUGCUUUAAUUUUCGAGGGAAUUUAUUUAUUGGAAAAAUUCGAUAUUAUUUAAUGUUUGGAAUUGGCCAAGACCACAUGAGGUAUUAUACUUUAUGCCUAAGUUGUAUUGACAAUAAUCAAACACUGGUUACGUGUGUUUCAGCGUAAGAAACAAUUAUGUAUAUUGAGUUGCGUUCAAGACACUCGACAUUCGUGUAAUAUGUUUUAUAGAUGUAGGUACUUAAAUACUUCUUAUAUGAAAUAUACAGAAACACAACUGCCACUUUACCAGUCUAGUCUCUACAAAAUUAAAAGAACCAAGUUCAUUAUUUUUUAAGCUACCUAAUUUUAAUUUCCAAUUUUUGUUGCUCAAGUUUGAAACAAACGUAUCACAAAUCGCAAGAAUUAGUCUUUAAUGUGUUUAGUUAAAAGGGAAUUGUGGUUGCUCGUUCAACGAUUAUUCACAGCGUGAUAUCGAAAAAUCCGGCGAAAAGUAAUGAUUAGCGUCGAGCGGCUCUUCCCCUGACAAACGUAUUUGUCGAUGAGGGCAAAUUGUUCGCCUGGCGAAGAAAUGCUCAUGAGCAUAUAUAUUUAAAAUGAAAUAAAGAAUAAUAAAAAGAAACAUUCGCUGGAGAGAGAGAGAGAGAGAGAGAGAGAGAGAGAGAGAGAGAAUGAAAGAUGAAAAGAAAGCUUGAGACAGAGGUAUCGUAAAGAGUCAGGAAGAGAUGAGAGAGGUCACAUCACGUAAAUUGGGAUUGCGGUUCCUAGCCGUUCCCGUUGAUGCGAGAGCAAAGCGACAAUGAGAAAGAAAGAGACACAAGGAGCGAAAGAAGAAUACUGUCGUCGGACAACGGAUGCGCAAUAAAGAGUAGUGAAAUCUCUAGUCCAGCGAGCGGCAGCUUUAACUUGCCUGCCAAUCCAAAAAAGAAAUGAUGAGAUAAAUGAUGAUGAUAAUGAUGAUGAUAAUUGUAUUUGAAUUAAGGAGAGAAAGAAAAAAGAUGGUCUCUAAAAGAAAAAGAGAAGAAAAGCGGUCAGAGUAUGAGAGGGAGAGAGAAGAAGAAAGAAAAAGGAAAAGGAGAGAGAGAGAGAGAGAGAUAAAAAAGUAUGAAAGGAUCGCGUAGGUGUAUUUGUAUGUGAAUGAGAGAAAAUGAACAGAAAUUUUAUAAAAUACAAAGUUUUAAAAGAAAGAAUUUGCUAAUAUAUGGCGCGUGUCGAGCAAAAGCAUACCAAGUCACAUGGCACGCGCAACGAGAAUCUUUUUAUUAGGAUACUCUAUUUACGAUAGAAUCAUAAUAGUCGUGAUCGCGUUUGACUUCGAUGAAAGGUGUCACAGGCGAAACGUCGUUCAAUAUUUGCUCUUCCCGUUUCGUGUUUUACCAGAAAAUCUAGAAGAAGAAAAUAAGAAAGACUAAAGUUCCGCCAUUGAACGUGUGAACCUACGAACAAAAACGAUCGAUGGUAUCCUUUUUCUUUGUCGAUGAACGAUAUUCUAGAUAAAUAUUAUAUAUUGAUUAUUAUCCUAAGAAUCGAAUGAACAGACGCUCUCGUUGAUGCCACCGGGUCAUUGUCGUCGUGAUAUAUUAUCAUUGUAUGUCGGUGUACCGAUCGAUCGAUGUUUUUUAUUUUUCAUCAUCGUCGUUGUGGUUCUUCUCACGUUCCCCUACAUUCAUCAUCCUUCGCCGUUUUUUCAUCGCAAACGCAUCUUUUUCUUUUUUUUUCUUUUUAUAUAAUAGACGUACUCGACCAGCAAAUUGGGAUUUCCUUUUCUCGAUUGUCACGCGAGGACACUCGUCCAGAUCUUCUUUUAUAUUUUAUCAUUAUUUUUUUUAUUAUUAUUUCUAUUAUCGAUAUUACUAUUAGGUUUAUUAUUAUUGAUUAUAUUAUUAUUGAGUUUGUCUUGUACCACUCGGCGAGAAUGCGCACAAAAAGAAAAAAGAAAGAAGAAAAGCAAUUUCGAAGCGUGCGUUGCCCGCAAUGGAAACGCUUCGAAGCGCGUUUUCAUGUCAUGUUGUUACACCGAGUGUACUGUCCGUUACGUCGUGGUUUGGAAAGAAAGAAAAUGGAAAAAAUAGAAGAAAAGAUGUCACCCUUGUCCCUCCCCUCGAGAUUGAAAGAUGAUUCUAUGUGCGAUAAAAGUUCUCUGUAACUGUAAAGCUGUCGAUUACGAAUUUAUACAUAUGUAAUAUAAUUCGUGUAGCCGCGUGCUGUCCUACACAAUAAAAAGCCUGUAAUAUCUAUGAA